CAUAGUUCAAUGAUUUUCUAUCAUGUGGGCAGCGUAUAUAUCAUCUAAAUAUUCAUGUGUUUUUUCUAGUUAACAUUUACAUACAACAAAUCAUAUGCUAAAUCAUUAUAUACCUUGGAAUCGUAUACUGUACAUAACAAAUUACAAUACUAUAUCUGAACCAUAUACUAAAUCUAACAUCUUGUAAUCAGUCAAAUACCUCAUUUCUAGCUUGUAAUUGUUAACCUUGUUUGUUUUAUCAAUAAAUCUGUAUAAACCUUCUUUUGGUCAAAUAAAACUGUAUAAACCUUAUCAUAAUCAAUCUCUUAGACAUUUCACUCAUAAAUACAAAAAAAAAGUUAUUUAUUUCAAAGCGUCUGGUGAUUAUCUAGUGUGAACUCAAAGGUUUAGAUGGAUUCAUGUGUUAUCCAGCUUUCUAGGUAAAGUUGGUACGACAAAUUCUAUACGAUGUGCAAUAAUUUUUAUAGCCACAGAAAGUCAGCACUAGAUUUCGUUGUAUGCACAGCUAGCUAAACCGGUCCUUGAGGGCUCCAUCCUGAUUAAUUAUACGAAUGAACAUGUCGUGAAGAAAGUAUCUAAAACCAGUGGUGAAAAAUUACCACAUGUUGAAUAAGAAUAGUCCUGUUAAAUUUGACCAAUAGGAAUCAAUGGUUUGAUAUUCAUAUCUAAAUCAUUUUGUUGUCAAUCUUGUAUCAUUUUCUUUGUUCACAUCUUUAGGAUCAAUCGUGCAGCCAGGUUUGAUUUAUGUUUUCAUAUUGCAUUUUUGGUGGAUAAUUUGUUUUUCUACUCUUAAGAGAUUCAGAUGGUUGAUUUGAAAAUUAAUUUAGACGACUUUUGGAAUAUGCGGCUGGGUAAUAAUAAUAGUAAAAUAAUUGAUAAACACCAUUGAUCAUGCAAUACGCUAUAUUAAAAUAAUUUUGAAAUAAGUAAACUCUUCUCACCAUCCCCAGGCCCACUGAAAAGUGCCGUAAUAUUUUUGGUACGGAACUUAUAGAAACCAAGACUUUUUUAUAUAAAUGUGACGAUUGAAAAUAAAUAUUACUUUUACUUUGAUUGUGAUUUUGGUUUUAAUCAUAGGUGACAAGUGAUAACUAUUGGUAUCUUAAAUGGCCACAAACAUUCAAAAAAAUAACUUAAUAUCAUUAAAAUUGAUUGUCUAUUUUCUUAACUGUUUCUAAGAAAAAUACGAGGCUCAUAACUUCACCGAGGUUUCUCUGACGUCAGAUUUAAAUAUCUAAAUGUCAAAAGAAAAGUCUGAGAAAGAGAAUCUAUCUCCGAAGUAGUUCAUAGGAUUCCAACGAGGUCCAGACGAUAAGGAGAUGCCAAGUCUUCGCUCCCAGGAUUCCACACAUAUUAUUAAAAAGUCAGCAAUUUUGGACCCACAGAAUAUUCACAGCUUAAAACCAUUAUUUAUUAACGAUUCCAGUUUGAUUUUUUUUUUUCUCAGUAGUCCAAAUAAACGGCUUGCUUUAAAAAAAAUGGUUAUGUUCAAAGACAUUGUGGUUAGUGAACCUUUGAUAAUUAAGAUUUAAACUUUAAAGUACUAAAAGGAAGAGACGUAUAUAUCAAGUUAAGUAAAUUAGCUUUAUUUUGUAAAUACUGGUAGUAUCGUAUGUCUUUUGAAGCUGUCUCCUCAGUCUUGCUACUAGUUUCGCUGGCUUCUUUGGAUGUUUUGAAUGUGGUUUACAUGUUUUAGCUUCAAAGACGGUUUGAUAAUUUUAUAUUAGUGAGAUGGUUGUAGGUUUGAGGUUGGUUUAUAAUUUUAUGUUAGUAACUGUUUCUUUGAUUUUAGGAAUAUCCGGUUUAUGGUUCUGGUUGCUAUCCGGUUUAUGUAUUUUAUGGCUUUUGGAUAAGUUUCUUUGGUUGAUCAUUCCAUCAUUGUCUUUGAUGAGAUGAUUUCUGUGUAUUGAAUUUGGUAUACUUUUGAUGGUUACUUUCAAUUCACAGAUGACAAAAAUUAGUAUCGUAUGUCUUAUUUUUUAAUUGUAUCAGCUAUUUUGUAAGCUUUUAUUAACUACUACACUAGAAUGUACGAGUUAUCUUAUGGAACAUUCAUCAUACACAUGCAAAUUUAUUACAAAGAGACUGGAUGGCCGCCCUUUAAAUGGUAGUUUAGGAAAAAUUCCAACAAGUGCAAAUCAAUGAAAACUGGAUCAACAACACAAUCAGUUUUAUUUAACAGAAACAACCUAUUUUCCAUUCACCAAAAUAGAUAACUAUUGAAAUAGUAUACAUAGUUCAUAGCAGAUCAUUCAUAUAUAUUAAACUACAUAUAUGAUUACCGAGUUUUUACAUGUAUAUAUGAAAAAUAUCUGCUAUGAACUAUGUAAAUAUUCUCACCUAUAACAUAAACUUUAUUUUAUUUUUCUACCUAAAAUUUUCACUUUCUAAUAAAUAUUUAACAUAAAACUAUUUUUCAUUGAUGACAUAAACUUUGUUGUUUCUUUGUAAAUGUCAUUAUCGCAAUAUAAAAAGACAUAACAUUCAAAUUUAACAAUCUUCAGCGGAAUAGAUAAACUCAAAAAAAUUGGCUUAUAAUUCUCUAAAUAAUAUAUAUAUAUAUAUAUAUAAUAUUGGUUUCAUGUCUUUACAAUAUUAAAAUCAUAAAAUCAAAUUAUAGUUUCUGACUUUUAAAUAGAACAAAUUUAUAGAAUAUAUAUAUACAAUAAAAAUGUAACAUAUAACUCGGCCAAAAAGAUAGAUCGGAAGAGAAGAUUUUGGUUAUGCAAAUCUCAAGCUAAUCCCUCUUUUCUUUGAUAUGUAAAAUAUUGAUCUCAUAUUCUCAUUCUUUCACACUAUUCAAUAAAUCCCUUGAAUCCUAUUAUGAAUUUCUAACGAUUUUAAAUGGAUCGAAUUCAUAAGCUUAUGUUUAAUUUGUUUUCUAUGUUGAAAUCAUUGCAUACAUGAGAUUUUACAGAUAAUGAAAGAAACAAGUUGGAAAUUUUGUAACACAUUGUUGUAGUUAAGACUUUGCCAAAGUUAUUGCCCCGAAGACUUUACCUUUGCCAUGGUUAAAGAGGCCAAACGAAGCUACUAUUCCCCGAGUCUCAACUCUCAAGUAUUGACUUCGAACAUUAUUCCGAUAUAAUAAAAAGUACAACAACUAAUUGAUACUUAAAUGGCUAUUAUAUGAAAAACAGAACAAAAAGUAAAAGUUUGGAAAACUAUACAUUAGUAUUUUGAGGUUUUUCUUAUUCAACUAACUUAAACAUUCGAUGACAUGAAAACAGAAAGAGCUAGAACAGUCCCAUGAAUGUAUUGCAUCUGAUACAACAUUGUAUGUAUGAGUUGAGAUAACUGGUUUGAUCCUAAUUGAUCCGAAACACCUGAUCUUAUAGUUAGAUUAAAUUUUAACUCAGUUAAAAAAAGAAAAAAAUGAUUCUCACACAUCAACCAAAACUAAAGCAAAUUUCAAAUUUACUAUGUCAAGUGUGAGUUUAAAAUUGGAAUUUGUAAUAUAAGUUCUUCUAAACAGGCUAAACUAAUAAAAAUAUAUUAUAUUUAAUUUAAAUUAUUUAUUUUAAAGUAAAUGUUGUGAUAAAGUAAUUACUAGUUAAUUGUUUUCUUAAACUGUACGGAAAAUUCUAAACCAUAUUAUUUAAAAUAAAAAAUAUGUUUUAUUUUGAUUAUUGCUCGACCUAGCUAAAUCGAAAUCUACUAAGGGGGUGUAUUCAACUAAGAGUUUCAAAUGAUUUAUAUUAAAAUGACAAAUCCAGUGUUAUUCAAAUGAGGAUUUUUAAAAAAUACUUUCAAAUCGAGUGUUAUUAAACUUGUCAUUUUAACAAACACUCUGAAAUCUACUUUUAUUGAACAAAAUUUAAGUUGAAAAUUUUAGAAUGCUUUAAAUGUUUUUAGGGUGUUUGAAAGGGAUUUCUUAGUUAUAAAAAUAAAAAUCACACCAAAUCAAAUUUCAUGAUUUUAGACGAAAUUCUAGAGUUAUUUAACAAAAAUCACACCAAAUUCUAAUAUUCUCUUAAAAUCAUCUAAAAACUCACUAAAAUCAAAUCACCUCAAAAUUCCUAUUUGAUACACUCCCCCUAAAAGCAGAAUUCAAUGCAUAAGAAACAAAACAAUACUAAUAUUUACGAUCGCGUUAAAAUAAAAAAAAUAUAGCACCCAUUUAAUAUCUAAAAAAAUGAUUACAUCACUCUUCAGAAGAACAUCCAUGAAAAUGUCAGAGCCCUUUUACACUCUGCUCUAUAUAUAUACUCAUAACCUCAAACCAUAGAUCCAUCAAGAAUCUUCCUCUCGUUCUCUUAGCUAAACCCUACUAAAAUCCCUCACUAGCUUCUCCAAAGCUCGCAAGCAAUGGACGUCGAAGGCAAAGGAGAAGAAUCUCGAACCACCACCACCACUCGGAGGUUCGCUCUUCCGGUGGACUCCGAGAACAAGUCAACAACGUUCCGCCUCUUCUCCGUCGCUAAGCCUCACAUGAGAGCUUUCCACCUCUCGUGGUUCCAGUUCUUCUGCUGCUUCGUCUCCACCUUCGCGGCUCCGCCUCUCCUCCCGGUCAUCCGCGAGAAUCUCAACCUCACCGCCACUGACAUCGGAAACGCCGGUAUCGCCUCCGUGUCCGGCUCAGUUUUCGCUCGUCUCGUCAUGGGCACGGCUUGCGACCUCUUCGGCCCGCGCCUCGCCUCCGCCGCGUUGACACUCUCCACCGCUCCCGCGGUGUACUUCACGGCUGGGAUCAAGUCGCCGAUAGGGUUUAUCAUGGUCCGGUUCUUUGCAGGGUUCUCGCUCGCGACUUUUGUCUCGACGCAGUUCUGGAUGAGCUCUAUGUUCUCUGGGCCCGUCGUGGGCUCGGCUAAUGGUAUCGCCGCCGGGUGGGGAAACCUCGGAGGAGGCGCGACGCAGCUGAUCAUGCCGCUCGUGUUCUCGGUGAUCCGGCAGAUGGGAGCCACUAAGUUCACGGCUUGGAGGAUCGCUUUCUUCAUCCCCGGUCUCUUUCAGACCUUCUCUGCUUUUGCCGUUCUCUUGUUCGGUCAGGAUCUGCCUGAUGGAGAUUAUUGGGCAAUGCACAAAUCUGGAGAGAAAGAGAAAGAUGAGGUUGGGAAGGUGAUCACUCAUGGCAUCACAAACUAUAGAGGAUGGAUAACAGCAUUAGCAUAUGGCUAUUGUUUUGGAGUUGAGCUCACAAUAGACAACAUCAUAGCUGAAUAUUUCUUUGAUAGAUUCCACUUAAACCUCAACACAGCUGGGAUUAUAGCAGCCAGUUUCGGUCUAGCCAAUUUUUUCGCUAGACCCGGAGGAGGUAUCCUCUCGGAUCUAAUGGCUAGACGGUUUGGGAUGAGAGGAAGGUUGUGGUCGUGGUGGAUUAUUCAAACACUAGGAGGUGUCUUGUGUGCAUCUCUUGGACAAAUUGAUUCCUUGACUGGGUCUAUAGUUGUUAUGCUCAUCUUCUCUGUAUUCGUCCAAGCUUCCUGUGGACUUACCUUUGGCGUUGUUCCAUUUAUUUCUAGAAGAUCUCUUGGGGUGAUAUCGGGAAUGACAGGAGCGGGAGGCAAUGUUGGUGCGGUCUUAACUCAACUGAUAUUCUUCAAAGGGUCAACAUACUCUAGAGAGACCGGUAUAACUCUAAUGGGGAUAAUGUCUAUCGCGUGUACUUUACCAAUAUGCUUGAUUUACUUUCCACAAUGGGGAGGUAUGUUUUGUGGACCUUCUUCCAAGAAAGUAACUGAAGAAGAAUAUUACCUCGCUGAGUGGAGCUCUAAAGAGAAAGAAAAGAACUUGCAUCUUUCAAGCCAGAAAUUUGCGGAGAACAGUGUUAGCGAAAGAGGCCGUGCCACAACUCAUCCUCAAUCUUGAUAAAUAACUGUUCUAUUUGUUUGCUUGUUUGUGUGUAUGCUUUUGUGUUCUUUUCUUUGCUUUUGCUCUCCAUUUCUUGAUUUUCUUUGUUCUCGUGUGAUAAGCUGUGUAUGUAAUGUAAUACCUACCGGUUACUGUUCUCUUUUUAUGGGGGUACUUUGUAAAAGUUUGUUUAUCAUGGAAAGAACCAUCGUUUUUUCAUUUUA